AUAGCGAAACGAAUUAUCACUCACAAAACUCGAGACAACAAUUUUAUGGCAUUGGUCACAGAUAAAAUACUAUUAGAAAAUCUUUCGCGAGGGAAAGGAGCGUGGUUGGUGAUGUCAUCCAUUAAUGCGAGAGCAAGAAAAGUAUUGCUUUCUUUUUCUUUCACAUUCAUUGAUCUACUGUAUUUGACAAUUUGUUAUUAUUUUGUGAAUCGUGAUGGUAGGUAACAUCAAUCGAUGCCAAGCAGCAUGGUUUUAAUUAUUGAUUGUUGAAACUAUAAUUAUUAUACCCAUCGAUUAUUAAUCACCAAAACUUACACAACAUCACAAAUAUGAACGCUUUAUUAGGUUAUGGUUCGUCUUCAAGUGAUUCCGAGGAAGAAAACACUGAAAAUGAAAAAUCUCAGACAGAGAGCACAAAGCCUAAAUUACCAAAGCCGACGAUCGGAGAAAGUAGCCUACAAACUUCUGUAUUUUCCAAUCCGUUCGUGGAAGCUGAAUUAGCAAAGGCGGCGAUACUUGAGAAGCAUGUGAAAAUGGUUCCAGGUAAAGACAACACACAGAUGAUAAAUGGCAAACGGAUAUGCUGGAACUACAGGAAAGGGCGCUGUCGCUUUGGUCACAACUGCAAGUACGCUCAUGACACAGACAUACAGAAGUCCAACGACGAGAUGGAAGCGGACAAGCAGAAACUGAAGUCUGUGGUUUGUGAGGGUGCAGGCACAAUGACAACAGUACCUCCCCCCAUAGCUGUGCUAGACACAGUACUACCCACAGAUGAUGCUGUUUGGGAAGGAGCGGGAGAUAAGAAAAAACUAAAGAGACCAGGAUUAAGCCAGACUCUAGUACCUGGCAAGAAAGUUAUCAAAAUGUAUAAAGAACAGAAAAUCAAAGAUACAAAUAAAAAUUGAGUAAAAUCAGCUGUUAAGGUUGCUGUUUAUGUGACAUGGUUGAAAUCAAUACUUUUUGAAGCUGUAUAGCAAUGUUGUCAGUGUAGUUUGCUUGUACCUAAUUAUUAUCUCAAAAACAGCUGAGAAAAAUCAUGAUUUCCCAAAUAUGUAUGUAAUUGCUAAACUAGAUACACCUAUGCAUUUGCUACUUGGAUAUUGAAUACCUAAUUUUGUUAACAGAUACCAGAAUCAUACACCAGCCUUUUAGGGUCAAUUCCCACUGAAAGAGCAGCGGCCGUAAUUGCAAGGGAUUGACCCUAAGGGUCAAUUCCCACUGAGAGAGCAGCGGCCGUAAGAGCACGGACAAUGUAAGAGCGCACCGCCGCGCUCGCGCUCAUUCCCUUGCAUUUACGGCCGCUGCCGGCCGCUGCUCUUUCAGUGGGGAUUGACCCUUAAGCCAAUAUAACUAAUUAAAAAUGCUUACUCUUCAUAUUAUAAUCAUCUCCAUAAAAUCAUUCCCUGUAGCACAAACUUUUCACUCCUAAUAUUUUAACCAUGGUUCAUAUGCAGCAAUCUUUAUUUUAAUUCUAGUGUAAGCUAUGUGCAAAACAUUCCAUAUUCAUGUAUAGUGUUUAUAUGCUAUAUCAAUGCUAUAUAGUAAGUGUUCAUUUCAGUAAUGUUGAAAAAAUAAAUAUGAUCAUGGAUAA